GUCUGCAGCCCACACUCUUCUCAUUGGUGUCCUGGGACCACGUGAGGAUGCUGCUGUGGCUUCUUGUCUUCUCGGCUCUGGGUCUCGAGGCCUGGGGGGAUCCCCCUCGAUUCUCCCGAAAUGACACCCAAGCCAGGGAACUGUCAGAGAAGCUCGUGGACCUGUUUGUUGGCGUCUCACAGCUCAUUCGCAAGGGUCACAAUGGCGCCCCCACCAUCGUCUCCCGCACAGAGUGGGGGGCGAGAUCACUGACCUGCCGGGCCCCGCUGACCCCACCUGUGGCCUAUGUCACCACGGCCCAGCUCUCGGGGCUGGAGUGUCAGGAGCAGCAAGUCUGCAGCCAGAAGCUGCGGGGCCUCCAGUCCUGGUCCGUCUAUGCCCAAGGCUGGUGCGACGUGGCGUACAACUUCCUGGUUGGGGACGAUGGCAGGGUAUACGAAGGUGUCGGCUGGGAUGUCCAAGGUCUGCACACCCAGGGCUACAACAGCAUCUCCCUGGGCCUCGCCUUCUUUGGCACCAAGGAAGGUAGCAGUCCCAGCCAAGCUGCCUUAUCAGCUGCAGAGGACCUCAUCUUCUAUGCCAUCCGGAAGGGUCACCUGUCACCCAGAUAUAUUCAGCCACUUCUCUUGAAGGAAGAGGUGUGCCUGACCCAUCAGCAGCCAGGGAUGCCCAGGAAAGCUUGUCCCAACAUCAUCCCACGGUCAGCUUGGGAAGCCAGAGAGACCUACUGCCCUAAAAUGAACCUCCCAGCCAAAUAUGUCAUCAUUGUCCACACUGCCGGGACACCCUGCAACACACCCAUGGACUGUCAGGUUCGCGUCCGAGAUACACAGUCCUACCACAUGGACAAAGUGAACUUCUGUGACGUUGGAUAUAACUUCCUGGUGGGCCAGGAUGGUGGUGUGUAUGAAGGAGUUGGCUGGCACACCCAAGGCGCUCACACCUAUGGCUACAAUGAUAUUGCCCUGGGGAUUGCCUUCAUGGGCAACUUUGUAGAAAAGCCACCCAAUGCCGCAGCGCUGGAGGCAGCGCAGACCCUGAUCCAGUGUGCGGUGGGCGAGGGGUACCUGACUCCCAGCUACCUGCUGGUGGGGCACAGUGAUGUCAGCGCAACCCUGUCUCCUGGGAAGGCUUUGUAUGACAUCAUCAGCACCUGGCCUCACUUCAAACAGUGA